AUCCCACAUACUAUAUACAUUCAUUCACACCCCCAUCCUCUCACUUACUAAGCAUACUUGAUUUUUUAUGAUUAGUGAGUGCUUCAUACCCCAAAGCUAGAGAGAAAAACACCACAGCGCUUAUGUCUAGAACAAGCCUGGUUCGAAGACGGAAACCCGCGCAUUGUAGGCGGAGUGCCCCAUCUGUGACGACUAGGAAAUCAACAAAACCCAAGUGGAUCAUGGAAAAUGUAGGCAAAGAGAGAGAUUGUAGAGAGAGAUUGCAGGAGAGAGAGUUCUCAGAUGAUGCGGCAGAAGGUGGGGAAGAAAGAAUUGAAGGAAGAGAGAGAUUGCAGAAACACAGAAUGAUGGUUGCGGGGAAGGUGUGGAUACCAGAGACAUGGGGUCAAGAAGAGCUGCUCAAAGAGUGGGUCGAUUGUGGUGCCAUUGACCGUUCGCUCAUGCCAAACGGCCUGGUGUCCGCCCGCAACGCCCUUGUGGAGGAGUGCCGGAGGGCAGGCUCCAGCAGCUUGGAAAUUGAUCUCACGGCAUCGUGAAAAUUAGUUAAGUUUUGAUUUCUGUUUGUUUUUUUGUUGUUAUAUCAAUAAGAUUUUUCUAUAUUCCUUGCCGACUAUACUUUUACAUUUAUGCUUGCAUAAGUAAUUUUGUUA